UACAUCAAAAGACCAAUUGUUUAAAAUAUGUUCAGACAUGUUUUCUUUUGGAUGGCAAGAUAAUCAAGAUGCUUCGACACAUAUUGCGAAACUAAGAGGUUUAUGGGAUGAAUUAAAUGCUGGAUUGAGAUCUAAAGGAGAAAAUAUAUUGCCAGAUAUGCUCUUGGUAUGCAAAAUCCUUCAUAUUCUUCCACCGUCUUAUGAAAUGUUCCGCUCUAGCUGGAUGAUGAUGACAAGAGAUAUAGACAAAUCCAUAGAUGAGCUAAUUUUACAAAUUUGUCUCUAUGAAAGAAAUUUUAGGAAAGAUUUCGAAGAUUCAGGUAGCAAUCAAGAAGCUUUAAUGGUAAAAGCAAAGAAAAAUUUAAAGCAAAAAAAUGUUAAACAUUCCUCAAAGAAGGAAGACGUUUGUCAUUACUGCAAAAAGAAGGGGCAUUGGCUAAAAGAAUGCAGAAAAUGGAUUGAAGAUGGUAAACCAUCAAAGAAGUCGUUAGCGUCGUCGCCGUCUACAAAUAUUAAUGUUGCAUUAAAUAUUGAAAGUGAUACAGAUUGCACAUUUAAUUCCAGUGAAAUUUGGUGGAUUGACAAUGGAGCUACGAAACACGUAACAAAUUCAUAUGAGAUGUUUUCAGACUUCAACAAUUUCAAUGAGCCCCAAAUUAUAAAAGCAGCUGGAAAGGAAUCAAUAAAGGCUUAUGGUAAAGGAACUAUCGAAAUAAUUUCAUUUGUCAAAGGCAUGAAAUUAAAAAUGAAACUCGAGGAUGUUUGUGAAGGAGUGUUGGUUGUCAGUGAAUAACCAAGUGGUACUGCAUGGAAGUCGUUCAAGGAAUGGAAGCCUUUAUAAAGCAUCAAUACGACC